AUGUUCAGCGCUUGCUACGCCCGCAGGCCGACCCCCCCCAGCGCCCACCACCCCGUCGUCACCUUGUCGCAACCACCGCGCCCGCGAAGCGGUUCGUCCGUGUCUGUCACUCCUUUGAACUCCCCACUGCACGGCGGCUGUUUGCGCGCCCCCGACAAGCACCGCGAGUCGCCCGACCAUCACGACCCUGACCCGUCUCUCGCUGCCACGACGGCCGACUCUCCAUAUCCCCCUCCCUUUUCCUCGCUCUACUUCCCCAACCACCAGCCCACCGACGACGACCCCGACAAGCCGCAGGACGAGGAGAGCGACCACGACAACGAGGCUCCGCCCGCCUUCGCCCCCGCCCCGCCCUUCGAGGAGCCCUCAUCGUCCGCUGCCGCCGCCGUUGCCGAGACCAAGGCCGCGCUCCCUCACGACACCAAGGACGGCGCUAGUUCCAGCAAGGACCUUGACGACGGCGAACCACCGCCUCCAUAUAGCGAAGGCUCCAGCCCACUCGAGUCUUUCACGUACGUCAUGGCGACUGCAGGAGGUCCCGCGAGCAUCAUCACCCAGGUCUCCCAGGGCGGAGGCCCGCCGAUCAACACGCUCGGAGGCGCAUCCGAUGAGAACAUCACGCUCGAGCUUCGAGGCGUGCGAUUCACACUUUCGAGAGAUGAGCUCCUGACGCUGCCCGAGUUUGUGCUGCUGUCGCUGUUCCCCAACGGCCUGCUCCCUGAUGGGCACAUGAGCUCCUAUCCCGACGGAGACGUAUAUCCUGUCGACGUUAGUAGUCCCACGGCCACAAGCGCCGCUCCCGUCCCUCCUGCAUCCAAUGCGCCUGCGGCCCUCCCGCCCGUCGCGCAAGCAACUCCCUCGCUCAAAGCUGAGGCUAUAAGAUCCCACCUCGCGUCCCCUUCUUUGUACCUUUCUGACAUAUUUUAUCCGUCCCAGUACGACCCCAACUCCCUGCAGUACAUGCUCGAUUUCUUCCGACAUGUCGCACAGACCAUACCCGCUUCUCCACCCUCGCCCUCCACCCUCGUGGGCGAUCAUCCAGCCGAGGCGGUGCCCAUUGAGCCCAUGCAUGGAUCUGCACGGGAUAUGCUGCAGGACCGCGCCGGCAUCAUUGUGUUACGGGAAGACCUAGACUUCUAUGUAAUCCCGCCGAAGCGGGAAAUUGAGCAGGAGGAGAUGAUGCAGAUCAAGCGGGCUGCAGGCAAGGCGCUGCUGAAGCAGGAUGGUAUCUUCUCCGGGCUGAGAAAAAGCGAGGAGCCGGGCACGACGGAACAACACUUGAUUGAGAUGCUCACAGCCGGCGGCUUCAACCACGAUGAUCGCUGGGGCCACCGUGCAGGUGAGCCCAACAAGGCCGUCAUCUGCAGCAUCGCGCUGGCGCGGCUACGGACCGACAUCAAGGGCAACGAACUGAACAGCAAUGCGGUUGGGAUGGCGCAAAAGCUGCUGCUCUUCUGGCGCAAACCCGCGCGUCGUUGCUGGUGGGAAGGUGUUGAGCUUGACAACGUUGAGGGUGUGGAUGGCCAGCUCAAGGUGUGGAUUCGGAGGGUCUGGACAUUGGAAAUGAGCGUCAUCGGCUUGCGCUGA